AUGUUUUGCGUUAAACACAAUGCCCAAGAAGGGCUGCCACAGAUUCGAUUUCUGAACGUGAAACCAAAUGACUCAUUUGAUUAUUCGAUUGUUUUGGUUCGAGGUGAAAUUCUCAACUACACUCAUCGUCGUCAUCGUCACGGUCUUUCAUCUGUACAAAUUGUCAAUGAAAACAUUGAAGGCAGCAUUGAGAGUGCAGAAAUCGCUAGCGAUGGCAAGUUUAAAGUGGCAGUAGAACUAGCGCCUGGCGUCAAUCAGCUCAAGUUUCGCUUUUGUUGUGCCACACAUGGAAUUUCGUUGAUUUUCGAUAAACGUAAAAAUCCCAGGUACUUGCUGAGAAUCCUCUACAUCAUUUGCUCUAAUCAUGAUGGUCAUUUUCAAGCUCCGUGUGAUGCAGAGACUACGGUUGAACGUGCGUGUGAAAAAAUCGAUUUGGCCAUUCGCCUGGUGCAAUGUUUGUAUGCAGAAAUGCUGACAAAGCAUGGAUUCGAUCGAAAAUCGUUCGAAUUCAUCGGAUGUAAACCGUUCCACAGCAGUAUAUCGGUAGAAGAGGCAAGACAAUGGGAUCAGAAUCAACUGUGGCAGCAUCAUGCAAAGGAAAUUCUUGCUCAAGAAAGCACCGAGCAUCGAUUCAAGUAUUUUGGCAUACUGGCCAGUACAUUAUGUGAAAAUGGUAUGGUAAAAGGUCAUGCAGCGCUUGGAAUUGGUGAUGUGGCUCUCUUUGGCAGUGGCACACUUUAUGCAUGGCCAACCAAUUUUGCCACCAUUCAAAGGUGUUUCCAAGAUGAAACUCCAGUCGACACAAAUCAACUGAUGGAUGAUAGCAAUGGCAAAAAUACCUAUGGCGGUUGCUUUGCAACGGCUUUGGGUUCGAUAUGCCAUGAAAUCGGCCAUAUAUUUGAUUUGGGCCAUACAACUGAUGGCAUUAUGGGCAAUGACAUCGAUUAUGUCAACCGGAUAUUUACCGUUGAAAAUUGCCCGCGUGAUUUACCACGAAGAAUGGCUUCAAAGUGUGCAAGUGACAGAAACGCAGAUGAUAAGCUAAAUCAAAGCAAUCGACGCUUAACAACGAUAAGAAAGACAAAUUCCAUUUUAACCAAUUAUCACUGCCGUCGAAAUGAUGACUUAACUUUUCUCACCGAAAACUGUGCCAUUCUACUGAACUCACAUAAAUGGUUCAAUCAAUUUGCGGAGCACGCCAAUGAGUCAUGUAUUCGCUGUGAUAUUCAGCAAAAGAUAAUCAAGUCGUCAUUGCCAUUGGUGUUGGUCGAGUUUCGUUCCAAACAAAACGGAAUGUGCAUGAAAUAUUAUCGAUUUGACGUGACGACGUCGACGCCGACAAUGACGAGCAACGUAUCGUCACUUCGUUUUACAAUUCCAAGCGACGUAAUUGAGCAGAAUUAUGAUUUGAUUGCCGUAGAUAAAAAUGGAAACAUUAUGAAAUGUUAGUGCCAGUAAUGAGUUUCAUUGAUUAUGUAUGUGUGCGUCAGUCGGUCGGUUGGUUGGCUCAACAACACACACAAUCACUACCAUAGUCGAAAAUAGGCAUAAUCGAUUUAAGAGAAUAGAUGAAA